AUGGAAUAAUAAAAUUAAGUUGAAUAAAAUUAUGAAAACUCUUAUGUGAAUGAUCACAAGCAAGCCUAUUUAGAAUUUUCUGAAAGAUUGAUCUUUCGAUUUGAGUAGCUUCUAAACAAAAUUGAAUUUAAUCGAGACAAUAUGAUCUUAUUUGAAUAAGGGUAGGUAUAAAAUUUGUUAGAUUAACAACCAAUAUAGAUCAGAUAGAGAAAGAGAAUAACCAAAAGAAAUAACAUAAUCUUGAUGAUUGGAAACAGAAAAAGAUAUGUAUGUGGCUUAUGUAAGCUGAUAUUUGAAACUCAUUAUAAAUUAGGUGGCCAUUAGAAAGGUUGUCGUACUCAUAAAUAUUGA